UCUUAUCUUUAACUCUUCUUAAUGAAUAUCAUAUUGUUCCAGGUGAAAUAGUUUGUCAAUGUGCUGAGAGAAGUUUGUCUAUGGUAAUUGGUAUAAUGGGAAUUGAAAUGGCUGGUGGUGUUUAUUGUCCAUUACCACCUCGAGAUCCACGACAACGUUUGCAUGCACUGAUACAACAAACUCAAAGUCGUCUUGUUCUUGUCCAUUGGUUGACAAAAUCUAAGUUUAAUAAUAAAAUGGUUUCAAUUGAUACUCAUUUAGCAUGGAUUAAUAAUGAUAAGAUCAGUGAUAUUAACGUUGAUCAACUAUCAAAUAUUACAGUCACACAUAAUGAUAUUGCUUAUAUCAUUUUCACUAGUGGUUCAACGGGACUACCCAAAGUGUUCGAUAACGCAAACGCUAUUAAACACCUUCGGUGCCUCUGCAGUGUCGGUGAACCAAUUCCUGUUAAAUUAAGGAAUUUAAUUGCAAACAUUGGUAUACCACACUGUACUGUAUGGAAUAUAUAUGGUUCUACUGAAUUAACAGUCGCCUCUACAUAUCAUCUUGUUGAUAUCAACUCAAAAAAUGCAAUCAUUCCAGUUGGAAAAUCACUUCCAAACUAUCGAUCGUUUGUUUUAAAUAAAUUCUUCCAAAGCAUACCUAUUAGUCAAAAAGGAGAGCUAUUUAUUGGUGGUGUGGGAGUCUUUGCUGGUUAUCUUGGUCGUGAUGAUCUAACUGCAAAAGCUCUGAUCGAAAUAGAUGGUGAAGUAUUUUACCGAAUAGGUGAUCUUGUUACAAUGGAUAACAAUGGUCUUCUUCAUUAUCAAGGAAGAAAAGAUCAUCAAAUCAAACUUCGUGGACAAAGAAUUGAACUUGGUGAAAUCGAACGAUGUUUACUUAAUAUUACAUCCAUCUCUGCUUGCGUUGUUAUAAAAUGGAAUGAUGAUUAUUUAGUUGCCUAUGUUCAAACUUAUGAUAGUGACCAAAAUCAAUUACAAAAACAUUGUCAAACACAUUUACCACCACAUAUGAUUCCAUCGAUAUUUAUUAUACUUGAUAAAUUACCAUUGAAUCCAAAUGGUAAAAUAGAUCGAAAACUUCUUCCUGCACCUAAUUUUUCAUCAAUACAGCUUACAAACAAUAUUGAUUUAUUAACACCAAGCAAUGAAAUCGAAGUUAGUCUUCAUCGCAUUUGGUGUGAUAUACUAAAACAAAAACAAAUAUCAGUUGAUAAAGACAUCUUCAGUAUCGGUGGCCAUUCACUUGUCAUUAUGAAACUACUUCAUCGAUAUAAAGUAGAAUUUCAUUUAGAAACUGGUUCUCUCUCUAUUGCUGAUCUAUUUCAACGUCCAACAAUUAUUGAUCAUGCUAAAAUUAUUCAUCAAAUCAGCAAUAUCAAACAGAGUAUUCACGAUUGUCAAUGGCUUUCUUUAUAUCUUACUCAAGCUCCAGUAUCUUAUGCUCAAGAACGUAUUUUCUUAGAUGAAAAAAUUCGAUUUUCAUCAACAGAUAAUAAUACUAACAUAUAUGUUAUUCCAUUAAUUUAUCGUCUUCCAUCUGUGCAUGAUCAUAUAUCAAUUUCACGAUUACAACAUGCAUUUCAGAAUGUUAUCAUAAAACAUACCAUUCUUCGAACAGUACUUUAUCUCGAUAUCAAUGGUAUUAUUCUGCAAGAUUGCCAACCUACGAGUAUCUCAAUCAAUGACACCGAAAGAUAUAGAUUCUCAGUAGUAAAUAUGUCUGAGGAAGAUGAUGGAGAGAACGACAUUAUUAAAAAAAUAUUAAAUCAAUCUGAUUUAUUUGAUUUAUCAAAAGGACAUGUUAUCAAUUGUCAUAUUCUUCGUCAUUGUGGUUAUUCUCGAGAUAAUAUUUUAUGUAAGAAUAAUGAUCUUUUAACUAAAGAUGAUCUGAUAUUAUUUACCAUUCAUCAUGCAAUGUUUGAUGGAGCAUCAACAUC